GUGUCCAUAUGUUUCAACCCACAAAGGCUCAUGCAGUCAAAGCACAUCUGCUCGUUCGCAAGCCAAAAAAUCCACACAAAGGAAUCCCAAACGGAGGGCACAAAAUUCCACAAAGAAAAAAUAGCCAGACGACUUUCCUGACCUACGAACAUACAAGAUGGCGGAGUCCAUUGAGCGAGAGCUAGCCGAUGCAGCGGAAUGGCAGGAGGAGUCUGGAAGCGAAGAAGAAGAAGAAGAAGGCAGCGAGAGCGAGUCUGAGGAUGAGGACAGUGUGGAGAUUGAAGAACCUAAGCUGAAAUAUGAGAGGAUACGCAACACGCUGGAGGAAAUCCUCAGCAAGGAUGCUGCCAGCUGCAUGGCCGUCCACACCAAAUUCAUGGCUGUGGGAACGCACUGGGGGAUGGUCCACGUCUUAGAUCUGCAAGGGAACACCAUAGCAGGCAAAGAGUUUGCAAAGCAUAGUACCACUGUCAACCAGAUUAGCCUAGACAUGAAUGGGGACUACCUCUCUAGUUGCUCUGAUGAUGGACGGGUUGCGAUUACUGGCCUUUACGAAGACGAGUACAAUCAGAUCCAAGCAUUUGACUGCCCAGUGAAGUCUCUUGCGUUGGAUCCCAGAUUUUCAAGAUCAAACAGCGGUAGGCAGUUUGUGACUGGCAGUGAUAAGCUGACUCUCCAUGAACGAGGCUUCUUCAACCGGAGCAAGUCCACCAUCCUUCAUGCGGGGGAGGGGCCUAUCCGCACCAUCAAAUGGAGGGGGUGUUUCGUCGCCUGGGCAAACGACUUGGGAGUCAAGGUGUUUGACCUGUCGUCCAAGCGCCGCAUCACGUUCAUCAAGCGAGACCACGACGAGAAACUGCGGCCUGAGAUCUACCCAUGUAAGCUUUGCUGGAAGGACAACAUCACGCUUCUCGUGGGCUGGGCUGAUACAAUCAAGAUCUGUGUCGUCAAAGAGAGACGCGUGCUAGAAGGAAAGGACAUGCCCAAUAGAUAUGUGGAAAUUGUUAAUUUCUUCAAGACAGACUUCUACGUCUGUGGCCUGGCUCCUAUGCUGGAUAACCUCGUGGUCAUCGCCUACAUGACUGACGAAGCACUUGCAGAGGAUGACGAGCAAGACGAUGAGGGUGCUCGCAGACCUCAGCUUAAGAUCCUCACCGCGCUACCAGACGACUACCACGUAGUGUCCAGCGACGCUCUGUCCAUCAGAGGCUUCCAGGAAUAUAGGCCCAGCGACUACCAUCUAGAAUAUCUUGAAGGUGAGGGUGUGUUUUACAUCGUCAGCCCCAAGGAUAUCGUUCUGGCCAGAAAACGAGACGUAGACGAUCACAUUGCCUGGCUCAUGGAAAAUGAAAAGUUUGAAGAAGCGCUGGCCGAGACCAAAGCCCAUGCCAAGACACUACACCGACACAAGGUACUAGACGUGGGCAGAGCCUACCUAAACCAUUUGAUCGCGGAGGGGGAAUACGACAAAGCAGCCAGUAUGUGUGAGCCCAUACUAGGUAAGCACAAGGAUCUCUGGGAACAGGAAGUGUUCCACUUUGCCAAGAUGCAUCGCUUGAAAGCCAUCAGUCACUACAUCCCUAGGGGGGAUGUGAGGCUGAGCAAAGCCAUCUAUGAGAUGGUGCUCAACGACUUCCUGCAGACUGACCUAGAGGGUUUCCAUCAACUCAUCAAGCUCUGGCCCUCUGACCUGUAUGACCUCAUGACCUUAGUGUGCGCGGUGCAGGAUCGCCUGCUGCGCGACCCCAACAAUCGCAUUCUCAUGCAGACACUGGGGGAGCUCUACUCGUACGAUCAGCGAUACGACAAAGCGCUGGCCAUCUAUCUCAAGUUGGGUCACAAGGAUGUGUUUCCUCUGAUCCAUCGUCACAACCUCUUUGAUUCCAUCCAGGACAAGAUUGUCAUGCUCAUGGAGUUCGACACGGAACGGGCCGUCAAUCUACUCAUCGAGAACGUCGACAAAGUGCCUGUGAAGAAAGUUGUCAAGCAGCUGGAAGAGCAACCCAAACUGUUGUAUCACUAUUUGGACGCCCUUUUCCACAAGCACCCACAUCUCAGCCAGGACUUCCAGUCACUUCAGGUCACCCUCUAUGCCGAGUUUAACAGGGAUAAGCUCCUGCCCUUCCUACGGAACAGCCAGCACUGCCCUAUGGAAGUUGCGCUGGAAGUCUGCACGGAAAGGCAUUUCAUCCCGGAAAUGGUCUUCCUAUUAGGUCGCAUGGGCAACACAACCCAAGCCCUGAAGCUCAUCAUAGAAGAGAUGGGCGACGUUGACAAAGCCAUUGAGUUUGCCAAGGAGCAUGACGACUCCGGCCUAUGGGAUGAACUCAUCAAUGCCUCCAUGAAUAAACCUACUUUUAUCACAGGACUCCUGAACAACAUCGGCACCCACGUUGACCCCGUUAUACUGAUUAAACGUAUCAAAGAAGGCAUGGAGAUCCCAGGGCUCCGCGACUCCCUGGUCCAGAUUCUCCAGGACUACAACCUACAGAUGUCGCUGAGAGAAGGCUGCAAGAAGAUCCUGGUCUCGGGCUGCUUCACCCUGCUGGACCGACUCAACAAGAUACAGAAACGUGGCAUCAAUGUUGAAGAGGAUCAUCAUUGCGAUAGUUGCCACGGUCCAAUUCUAGCAGGCGACUCCCAGUCGACUGUGGUCAUCUUUUACUGUCAUCAUGUCUUCCAUGAAGAAUGCCUAAUAGCUCAGAACAUGGAGCACUGCAUGAUCUGCCACUCACAGCGCAAGGGGCCAGGUAGUGUCACGGCUGCAUCCAGAUGAUGGAGGAAAACGACUAAGCUUCAGGAUUGCAUGAUGUGGACUAUGGAUGGUACUCACGGGUAUAGAGUACUGAAGUGUGACAUCAUUUAGAACCAGAAAGUGCGUGCAAACGAAUGGAGUACGCGCAUGUGUUGGUUCAUGGGCUAAAUCACGCGCUAAUGUCUUUUACACACAUUUUAUGCGUGUGAUGUAUUUUACUUCGGUACUGUAUGGGGCUGUGCGCAAACAAGGGAGGGCGCUGUUUUUACCAUUUUGAGAGCCAAGUGCACAGGGCACACCGCGUGGGCAUACUGGUACACUAGCUAGUUUUUCCAUAAAAGCGUGCUAUUUUUUUGCCAAGGGAAUAUCACAUUUACACACAUCUGCUAAAAAAUAAAACCUCUAUGUUGAUGAGAAUCAUUUGUGCGAAAAAUUUAAUUGUUCAUACAAUUUGUUCGUAAAGAUACUUUUCAUAUAUAUAUAUAUAAUUUGUAAGAAACCUUUACACAAUAAAAGUAUAGUAAUAUUCCAGUGUAAAAUAAAAUGUACAUGGACAAAAAGCUUAAGAAGACUAAUCUUGUAAAAACUUGCCAAAAGUAUGCGAAAGUGAAUACAAAGAAAUACGAUGAAAAUAAACAAUGUCUUUGAAAUGCAAAC